AUGCAUGAACCAUAUCAUCCGACCAAUAAUCAUGUUUUUUGUCCCGUUGCAUGUUGUCUAGCCAUCAUCGCAUCAUUACCAGUCGGAGAGCCAGAGCCAAAGCCACACUGGUUUUCUGGGGCGAUCCAGUCGCUCAUCUCUAUCAUCCACAGCCCAAAACCACCAGGCCCUGCUCCGCUCAAACCUUUGGGUCGGAUCGCGAUCGUGGGGGCGGGUGUGACGGGGGUAUCGAGUGCAGCUCAUUGUGUAGCACAUGGCUUUGAAGUAGUCCUGUUUGACAAGAAGAAUGUGACGGGAGGAGUUUGGAACGACGUCAACUCAACUUCAAGUCUACAACUCAACUCAUGGAUGUAUCGAUUUCAUCCCUCGGUAGUGUGGUCCGAAUCUUUCCCUAAACAAAGUGAAAUCUUGAAGCAGAUUCGUGACCUUUGGGUACGAUAUGGAUUGGAAUCAAGAACUCGUUUCAAUUACGAUGUCAAGCGCGUCCAACGUUUUAUGGUGUCGGGAAAGACGGCAUGGUCAAUUGACGAUGGUGUUGAAGGGCUCUUCGAUGGAAUCAUUGUGGCGAUCGGAACAUGUGCACAACCAUACGACCGUCGCUGGCCUUCACGCGAGGUCUACAAAGGGGCCUUACACCAUUCUUCAGACCUCGACAAUAUGCCGGAUCCCAAAAUCGUGGCGGUGAUUGGAAGUGGAGCAAGUGCAGUGGAGGCAGCAGAACAAGCCAUUAUACGCGGCGCACUUCAAGCGACCAUCAUCGCUCGCCAUGACAAGUGGAUCAUCCCGCGAGGACUUUUGCCGAUGGGUAUCAUCUCGGUUCUGCCGUGGGGAUGGUCUUCUCGAGUCAGCCGGUUUUGCGAGGCUGUCUUAAGACGAUAUCAUUAUCGGGAUGUAGAUUGGGUCGCACCAUUACCUGAUACGGGAUACGGCCUCGAUCAACUGACUCCAAUUGUCAACAAUGAUUUUCUUCAACUGAUCCGAGAUGGCUCAGCUAAAUAUUUACGUGGAACGACCACGAGUUUUGUACCUGAGGGUGUCAAGGUUCAGACUGGAGGUCAUCUGGAAACAGUCAUUGUGAAAGCGGAUGUGGUAAUCGAUGCCACUGGCUUUGAGCGGCCUUCGUUUGGUUUCCUUCCCUCCAGCUUGUUUCCCGGCGGAUAUGAUCUUCCGGCUCUGUUCCUUCAUUCAUUUUCAGUGGAAGAUCCCACUAUCUUGUUCACCAAUUCAUCCUAUGAAGAAGCUAUUGGGACAGUCGGGCAUGUUCAUAUUGGUGUCUAUACACGCAUCAUGAUGAUGUUUCUAUUGGAUCCCAAGAUGGCUCCUGAACCCAAAAAUAUGCGACUUUGGGUGGAUAUCAUGCGAUACCUCAAAUCUUCUGCACGAGCGGAAGCCUUUGGUUUCUUCACAUACAUGGAGAUGUUCAUCUGUUUGAUCAUCUUUCAUCUCGUUCAACCAAGUCGACUACGAUGGGCAGCUUUCAACUUCUUCGGCUUUGGUACGUCUUUCGUCACUUUGGUCUAUGACUUUCUCCUGUUUGGGAUAGACAGCAUGUUUUGGAUCUCCCGUCCGUGA